AGCAUCGGUAAACAUGGCGGCCAAGGCGCUCCGGCAGCGAACCAGGCGAGGCAGCAGACAAGACGCAAACAACGUGAAUAUCCCUGCCGAACCUCGGCCACCGAAAGAGGAGAAAGUCAGCGAUGACAGUAAACUCACAGAGACUCGUCAAGAGUCCAUCAGUCGUGGAGGGCAGGUAUGGGCUCCAGAAGGUUCAACUGCAUUUAAAUGCCUCCUCUCUGCACGUUUCUGUGCAGCUUUGCUCAGCAACAUCUCAGACUGUGACGAGACGUUCAACUACUGGGAGCCUAUGCACUACCUGCUGUACGGCACAGGAAUGCAAACAUGGGAAUAUUCUCCAUUGUACGCCAUCAGGUCCUAUGCUUACUUAUGGUUACAUGCUCUUCCUGCGUGUUUGCAUGCCCAUGUUCUACAGACAAACAAGGUGUUGGUGUUCUACUUUGUACGAUGUGUCUUAGCAUUCUCCUGCUGUGUCUGUGAACUCUAUUUCUACAAGGCGGUUUGUAAGAAGUUUGGCUUGCACGUGGGCCGUCUGAUGUUGGCAUUUCUUGUCCUCAGCACAGGAAUGUUCUGCUCAUCUGCAGCAUUCCUUCCUUCCUCUUUCUGCAUGUACACGACACUGGUUGCCAUGACGGGUUGGUUUCAGGACUCGACACCGUUAGCUGUUUUGGGCGUGGCUGCUGGGGCCAUUGUUGGAUGGCCGUUCUCUGCUUUGAUUGGGCUUCCGAUUGCCUUCGAUCUGCUGGUGUUAAAGAGGCAGUGGAAAAGUUUCAUCACCUGGUCAGCUGUUGCUCUGCUUCUGCUGCUGGUACCUCUGGUGGCAGUGGAUUCUUUCUUUUAUGGCAAACUGGUGAUCGCUCCACUUAAUAUUCUACUGUACAAUGUCUUUACACCACAUGGACCUGAUCUGUACGGCACAGAGCCGUGGCAUUUCUACUUUCUAAAUGGCAUCCUGAACUUCAACCUGGUGUUUGCUCUGGCGCUGUUUUCCCUGCCGCUCACUGCUCUCAUGGAGACUCUGUUACACAGGUUCAAUGUGCAGAACCUGGGCCGUCCAUACUGGCUGACUCUGUCUCCCAUGUAUCUGUGGAUGCUGGUUUUCUUCACCAGACCACAUAAAGAGGAACGUUUUCUCUUUCCCAUCUACCCUCUCAUCUGCCUCAGUGGGGCUGUAGCCCUCUCCUCUCUGCAGAAAUGCUACCACUUUCUGUUCCAGCGGUACCGACUGGAGCACUACACGGUCUCUUCCAACUGGCUGGCUCUUAGUGCAGUCGUGGUCUUCACAGUGUUGUCGCUGUCUCGCUCCGUUGCUCUCUUCAGAGGCUACCAUGCUCCUCUGGACCUGUACCCAGAGUUUCACCGCAUCGCCAAGGAUCCAACUCUACACCUGGUGCCUGAAGGCAGACCUGUCAGCGUGUGUGUCGGCAAAGAGUGGUACCGCUUUCCAAGCAGCUUCCUUCUACCACACAACUGGCAACUGCACUUCAUUCAGUCUGAAUUUAAGGGGCAGCUGCCUCAGCCAUAUGCCUCCGAUCCUCUGGCCACACAGACCAUCCCAGCCAAUAUGAAUGACCAGAACCUGGAGGAGCCGUCCAGAUAUGUGGAUUUAAGGACAUGCCACUACGUAGUGGACCUGGACAUAGAUGAAGAGACGCCACUUGAGCCACGUUAUUCAGCCAACAAAGAAGAGUGGAACAUCAUUGCUUAUAAGCCUUUUCUUCAAGCAUCAAGAUCAUCUCCUCUUCUCAGAGCGUUCUACAUCCCGUUUAUAUCAGACCACCACACGACCUACAGGCGCUACGUCAUCUUGAAACCUCGGCGACAAAAACAGCCUCGUAAGCGAAGCCAUGGCUGACCUCUGAGCCUCCACCUGACCCCAAGUACAACAUCCUAACAAGAGGAGUCGAUCACUUCCGCUCAAAACAGCUGGUGUUUGUGUGUCAGCGUGCAUGUAAUUUGAAGUAUUUGUCUCAUGAAACUUUUGAAGAUAUCAGUCCCUUUAAAGACAUUAAGUCUGCUUUUGGGCUUGUGUGUGUGUGUGUGUGUGUGUGUGUGUGUGUGUGUGUGUGUGAGCGAGAGUGAAGAGAAAAUGAUGCGUGUGCAGGUGUGCUUGGCAGAUAUCAGCUGGACAUUUUAUCUGAUUUUGUAUGUCUGUGUGGAAAUGAAUGUCUUACAAUGGAUGCACACUGCAAGAUUUUAACAUUAAUAUAUUCCAGAACAGGCCACCACACACAAAUGUAAGUGUUUUCAUGCUACAUUUGAAAACGUGGCCUGAAUGGAAGAACAUAUCUGACCAAUUAAUCUGAAAAGUCUUGUAGUGUUGGCCUGUCUAAUUAUGUGCUCUGUUGGGUGUGAGUGCUGGAGAUGAGUGAAAGUGAGGGUGCGGUCUUAAUUUAACUUGGAAUGUUAAUAAAAACACGAUUGACUGUGAAUACAA